AUCGUCUUCGUCGGUGAACCUCCGAUUUGACUGCACCGUCGGAGCUCGACGCUGAGCUAAGCUUAACCAAGAGCUGUCGUAUAUUACACUAGCAGUGAAGAUCGAAUCUUAAAACCAUGGCUUCUCCGACCAAUUCACAGAAAACAGUUUCGGAUGACGAGGAAGUUGAUUACUCCAUCAAACCGGAGUUCUAUGAUUCAGAUAUUGAUGAUAAAGAUGAGCUUUGGAUGGAUAAGAAGAGAGAUGGUCGUACUUCUGAUGCUCUUCUUAGCUGUCCAGCUUGUUUCACCACUGUCUGCUUAGAGUGUCAGAGGUAUUUUCCUCUCUCAACAUCAGAACUUGGUGUUUUAUCUUCAUACGAUUGUUAUAUCCCAUCCAGGCUUUGCUUUCUCAAUGUUGCUAGGGCUCCAUUGUUCAAUCCUCACCAAUGUGUUUGCUAAUAUAUUGAUAGUAACUUGCUAGAUUCUGGAAUGUUGACUUGAUUAUGAGAUUCUUGACAAUUGUUACAGGCUCUAGGUUUUUGUUAGGAAUGACAAUCUUGGUAGAAUCCAAACCAGUUAUAUGACUUGAUUAACGAGAAAAAUUUCUACUCUCAGUCCAAUUCCCAAUCCCAAAACCCAUAGGCACGAGCAGUAUGUGACACAGUACAGAGCAGUCUUUGUGGUCAAUUGCAAAGUAGGUACAGACACAGUUUUGCAACAGAAUACAAUGCCCUUAAAGGUUGGUAAAAGAAGGAGAGAUUCCGAGAUGCAAGAAACUGGUUCUGAAGAUAGCGAAAAAGUUAACCCGGUCUUUUGCUCAGCUUGUUCCACAGAGAUCGGAGUAGUUGACAGUGAAGAGAUCUACCAUUUCUUUAAUGUCAUUCCAAGCGAGCCUUAAAACAACCUGGUUUUAUGAGUUAUUUGUAACGAGUUCUAAACAGGUGAUUAGGAUUAAAGUUUCGAUUGUUUGCGUUAAUCUUUACGUUGCAUGUAUAUCGUUUGAUAAAAAUCAAGUCACUAGAGAAUUUUGAGUUAUA